AUGGUCGAAUACAAACUCCAAGAACCACCCUAUGUACCUUGCCAAGAGCAAGUCAAGCCUCCACUCUUAGAUCAAGGUCCAUCAAACUUGGUCACCUCUGAAGAGGAGAAUAUCACAUCAAAUAAGGAUUGGAUCUCUCGUGAUCGACAAUGUGUCAUUCAUGGUCAUCAACAUUAUGUAAACCCAAGAGAUUCUGUUGUUUUCCAAAAAGCAUUUGGUUCUUCCUAUUGGGAUGUUAAUAAUGUUGAGUACAUUGACAUGAUGGGUGGACUUCAUAAUAACCAUGUAGGUCAUGGACGCGAAGAAUUAGCAAUCGUUGCUGCCAACCAAAUGAAGCAAAUGGAAUUCUCCCUAAAUGUUGCGUCCUAUUCCCAUGUGUGCGUGAUCCAAUGUGCUGAAAAGAUACUCUCUCUCGCUAAAAGCGAAUGCCCCACUAUGGACAAGGUCUACUUUACCAGUGGAGGAAGUGAAGCAGUCGAAAGUGCCAUUCAUUGUGCUUUGAAAUAUUGGCAAGUACAAGGAAAGAACUCGAAACGAAAAAUAAUCUCCUUUAAAAAUUGUUAUCAUGGCUCGACAUUUAUUUCAUCUUCCCUUAAUGAAUCCAUGAAAGAAGAAUAUGGAUUGGAAAGAGUCAGUGUCAAGGAACAAACUCAAAACGCUUGUUGUUUGAAUAUUGACUUUCCACAUGACUUGGUCAUUGACUCGAAGAGCAAAUCUCAUUCGAAUAAUGGUUAUUAUGUAGCAGAGCAGUUGGAGAAUUUAAUCAAGCAAGUUGGAGCCGAUAACAUUGCUGCAUUCAUUGCUGAACCAAUACAAGGUUCUGGAGGUGCUCUCGAACCUCAUCCAGAUUUCUUCCCUCUUGCCAAAAGAAUUUGUGACAAGUAUGGCGUUCUACUCAUCGUGGAUGAGGUCAUGACUGGAUUUGGUAAAACUGGUAAAUGGUUUGCCAUUAGUAAUUUCAACAUUGAGCCAGACAUGAUUGUAUUUGGCAAGGGUAUCACCAGUGGCUAUGUUCCAUUAGGAGGAAUUAUCAUUUCCAAAAACAUUUUUGAAUGUGUGUUCAAAUCCGAGGAAACCUUCUUGCAUGACUAUACAUAUUCGGGACACCCUGUGUGCUGUAUGGUCGCCCUUAAAAACUUGGAAAUUAUUGAAAAUGAAAAACUAAUUCAACGUGCCAAAGCCAUGGGUGACCAGUUCAGAAAUAUUUUGGCAGAACGAUUGCGAGAUUGUCCUCUCUUUGCAGGAACGUCAGGAAUGGGUCUCUUGAUUGGUGUCAUGCUGAAAGAGAAGGUAUCUACCAAAGUGGAGCAUUACUUGGCACAUCAUUGUCAUAUUCUGGCUGAUCAUUGUGCACAGAAUGAUAAAGUAGUGAUCAUGACACCUCCAUUCAUUAUUGAAGAAGAUAAGUUGAAUAUGGUUGCGAAUGGUUUUUAUGAUGCUCUUCAAUCCAUUGGUUCCUCUCAAAGCUCCUCAACAACUGUAGGUCCUUCAAAGUCUGAGGAAUAA